GGAUUUUCCUCUUUUUAAUCCACCAGCCCCCGUCGCAGCCUCAGCUCCCGGUGCACCGCGAGGGGAAGAGGGAAGAGGCGAUCCUGCCUUUGCGCCUCCCCACCCUCCUCCCCCCACCAAAACCCCGGGCGGGGGCAAAGCUCCCGCGGCUCAGCCCCGACACCGCCCCGCGGGAUGGACUGCCGUGCCCCGCGGGCUGCGGGGCAGCGCGGCGGCGGAGCGCAGAGGUCUUAAUGAAAUAGCAAUCAAAGAAACAGACAGGACUUCAACAUGGCUUUCCAUGCAGAGGGGCUGGUGGCCAUAAUUGUAUUCUACCUGGCUAUCCUGGCAGUUGGGAUAUGGGCUGCUUGGAAAACCAAGAACACUGGCAGUGAAGGAGAUCGCAGCGAAGCUAUUAUAGUCGGCGGAAGAGACAUUGGCUUGCUAGUUGGUGGAUUUACAAUGACUGCCACAUGGGUUGGAGGAGGUUAUAUCAACGGGACAGCAGAAGCUGUUUAUGUCCCAGGCUAUGGUCUAGCUUGGGCUCAGGCACCUAUCGGAUAUUCCCUUAGUCUGAUUUUAGGUGGCCUUUUUUUUGCAAAACCUAUGCGAUCCAAAGGCUAUGUGACAAUGCUAGACCCUUUUCAGCAGCUUUAUGGAAAAAGGAUGGGAGGGCUACUGUUUAUUCCAGCUUUAAUGGGAGAAAUGUUUUGGGCUGCUGCCAUCUUCUCUGCCUUAGGAGCCACUAUAAGUGUGAUCAUUGAUGUUAAUAUCAAUAUUUCAGUCAUUAUUUCUGCCCUGAUUGCAACUAUGUACACGCUUGUGGGAGGGCUUUAUUCUGUGGCCUACACCGAUGUAGUUCAGCUCUUCUGCAUUUUCCUGGGACUGUGGAUCAGUGUACCCUUUGCAAUGUCCCAUCCUGCAGUGACAGACAUCGGGCUCACGGCUGUGCACCAUGUGCACCAAGCACCUUGGCUUGGAUCUAUCAACUCACUUGACAUUUACACAUGGCUUGACAAUUUCCUUUUACUGACCUUAGGAGGAAUCCCAUGGCAAGCUUAUUUCCAGCGAGUUCUCUCCUCAUCUUCUGCCACAUAUGCUCAAGUUUUAUCAUUUCUGGCUGCUUUUGGCUGUAUUGUGAUGGCUCUUCCUGCAAUACUCAUUGGUGCAAUUGGAGCAUCUACAGCCUGGAAUGAGACUGAGUAUGGUGUCCCUGAUCCCAUGACUAAAAAAGAAGCAGAUAUGAUUUUACCGAUCGUGCUCCAGUACCUUUGCCCAGUCUAUAUCUCAUUCUUUGGCCUCGGCGCAGUAUCUGCUGCUGUGAUGUCAUCAGCUGACUCUUCAAUUUUAUCAGCAAGUUCUAUGUUUGCUCGGAACAUUUACCAGCUUUCCUUUCGGCAAAAUGCUUCAGACAGGGAACUCGUGUGGGUCAUGAGAAUCACCGUUUUUCUUUUUGGAGCAUCAGCAACGGCAAUGGCAUUGCUAGCUUCAUCCGUGUAUGGCCUGUGGUACCUCAGCUCUGACCUUGUCUAUAUCAUCAUAUUCCCCCAGCUCCUGUGUGUGUUGUUUAUUAAAGGAACCAAUACCUAUGGUGCCAUUGCAGGAUACUUAUUUGGCCUUGUUCUCAGAAUAACUGGAGGAGAACCAUACCUCUACCUUCAGCCCUUGAUCUACUACCCUGGCUGCUAUCCAGAUGAAAAUAAUAUCUAUAUCCAGCGAUUCCCAUUCAAAACGCUUGCUAUGCUUACCUCCUUCUUUACUAACAUUAUAGUGUCCUAUUUAGCCAAAUACUUAUUUGAGAGCGGGACUUUGCCACCAAAGCUGGACUUCCUUGAUGCUGUUGUUGCCAGGUACAGUAGAGAACACAUGGACAAAGCAACUCUUGUAAAAAGUGACAAUAUUGUAUUAAAUGAACUUGCACCAGUGAAUCCACGACACAGUCUAACUUUGAGCUCAACUUUCACAAACAAGGAAGCCUUCAAUUACGUUGACUCGAGUCCAGAGCUGUCCAACGCUGAAGAUAAUUAACAAAUCUGGUAGCCACAGGCAAAAUAACACAAAGCAGGAUAUUCUACAAAGAAUAGUAAGAGGCAUUUUAUCAGAAGAAAAGCAAAAACUGGGAAUAAAAUGCCGCUGCACAAUUCUUUAAGUUGUUUCUAGGAGCAAGACCAUCCCAUGGGAGGAACCUUUUUCUGCUAUGUAACAUGUUGGAUUAGAUCAUAGAGUGUAUAUCAAAAGAUAUACUCAGACCCCAUUCUUUCCACCCAGAAUUAUAUACUGUGUAACUAAAAUAUAUAUAUAUAUUUACAAUUGAAAAUAUAUGUAGCAGAAAAAGUGCAACAGUUAUAUAGCUAGGACAUAGUAUGAAGAGAUUGUAAUACAGACACUCUGAAAUACUAUCAGUCACAAUAUUUUAUUGGCAUUAAGUGAAAAUAUAUUGUCACAGUUGUAAGUGAUUUAUUACUAAAGAGCUAGCUGCUUGAACAAAGAGAGAUAGAUAACCUCCCUGGGGUUUUGGUCUGGUCAUUUUUUUCCUUAUAAAGAAGUUCAAAUAGUGCAAAUCCAGUAUUUUAUUUUUUGUCUAAGACAGCAAAAUGUGCAAAUAGUAAUAAAUUCCUUAUAGGAGUGCUAAACAUCAUAUAUUAAUUAAAAAAUUAAAAUGAAGUCACCAGUUUAAAUUUAUGUUAUACUUAAUGUAAGACAACCUGAAGGAAAGUAUGUUACUGUAGGUGUUCUUUUUUUCCUGUGGUUAGUAGAUGUCACUGAUGGAGGAUAACAAAAUUUUUAAAGCAAUAAUGAGAAUUGAAACUCAGUUGUGAAAAAAUGACAGAACUCUUAUAAAUUAAAUAGAACUUUUCAAUGUUGAGAAAAGAAGCCUUAUGUUGAGUUAUCAAAAAGAACACUGAGCAAAGCAGUCUGACACCAAGAAACUGCAGCAACAGAACAAACAUUGAAAAGCAAGGAAAGUCAAGAAGGCUUGAAAAUGAGAGUAAGAGGGUUUUCCAUGGGGAAAAUUCCUGGUUUUAAUUAAAAAAAAAAGUAUUCUUAAAGACAUUAAAAAGACUUUUUGGCAAUCCUGACGAGAUUGCUCUGGAAAGUGUAGAUUUUCCAUGGAAAGUCAUAUUUUCCCAAAAAUUUGAUUUCCCAUGGGAAAAACUGGCUUGCUGGACAGCUUUCCAUGUCUGUAAGUGUCCAUCUCUGAAAGCAGCAGCAGCUUGGAGGGGAACUGAAAGGAAAGACGAACCCACAAGCAUAGUGAAAGGCACAGGGGUGUCUUCCACUAAAUGCUGGAUUCCAUCAUUUACAGUCGUUCUCCUGAGCCGUCACGGUGACUCUGCAGAGCACCAGCAGCGGCCAGGCACAGAUGAGACUUUACUCAUGAAUGGCAUGACAGGCCAGAAGCAGCAAAGCAUGAAGGUGAAGCCUCUUCCAGCUUUGCUCUCGCCAGCAGAGAACACGCAAUGUUGUUUCCAUUUGCCCAAGGCCUCGAUGAUUGUGUCUGUCCACAUUGGUAUGUGCCUUUCACAGCGGGAGAUCUAAUAGCUAGAUUUCUGAACAAUUAAGAGUUAUGCCCCAAUAAUUCUUUUUAAUAUCUACGCAUGACACAAAAUGUAGAACUGAAAUCCAGAUAUCUUCCUGUUGCUGAUCGCUGGUGAAAUUUUUUCUUUAACGUUCACAGCAUGAGGAACUAUACUGGAGAAUAGGAGGUGUAAGAAUAGGUUUUGCUGCUAAAGGAAGAAGCCAUCAACUUGUUCAUUCAAUGUUAACAUAAGCAUUCACAAGGUUGAAUCCUUAGAUAUGUUUUUGCUCCUUUUGUGGAGUUUAACAGCAUAUAUAUAUUUUAUACAUAGAGAAAAUCAAUUUUAGAGAUGUUGAUUUUUUUCUCCAUACAUUGCAUUUAAAAAUAACACUGCAUCUCAGUUCUGAACUGAAUCGUACUACUGUGCUAACAAAUACUGAGUGUGCUCUGAGUGAAGGGAAUCAAAAUCAGGAUAUGCACUAAAACCCAGAAGAGACAAUAGAGCUAAGAAAGUUAAAAUUCCUGCUGGGUGACUGCACAAGCCACUGAUGAAAUCCAGGGUGCUGAGGAUCCCGCAAAUUGGAUGUGAGCCCAGCUCUACUCAUUGCCCUAUGAAGUAUGGAAAAGAGAAGAGGAAAGAGAUGAUAUGGAAGAAAGGGAGGUGAAAACAGAGCCACUGUUGAAUUAUUAUCCAUUUCUGGCCCAAAUCCACUAGCCUGAAUCCCUUCUUAUGAGAAAAUAUAAAGCCAUGGUUUUGCCUGCUUACAUAGCCCAUGACUUAUGCUGCAGUUCCAAAUUGUUAGGGGAUCCCAUUUUACAGCCACCUGUAGGCCUUCCUAAAAAAUUUUCUCUUACCUCAGUUUUGUUCAGGAAUUCUUGGAUUUUCACUAAGAGGCGCUGCAUAGUGGCCAUAUGCCUUGAAUAUAGCAGCAUUUCAGUAUUAUUUAUUGCAAAAUGUCCAUUAGUGGGAGGAGAAGGAAAGGAGAAGGAGACUCAGCUGGAAUUGUUUAAGAAAAUUUGAUUGAAAAAUAAAAGCUUUUAUUUUUUGUUCCCUUGUUGCCACAAAAUUGUAAAGGCUUUUCAAAUUCUCAAAAGAAAAAAGUUAAAAAUGGGUUAGUCCAAAAAUUUCAAGCCAGAUGCUUUCAACGUUAUCAGAAUAUUUUAUACUGUUUAUCCUAACAGAUAUUUUUGUGAAAUUCCUGUGAUUUUAGAAGCUGUUCCUAUUUACAUGGAUCUACGUAUUCUCUGGCUUAACAUGAUUCCAACAAAGUUUUACAGUCCGGUCUGAGAAGACAGAAAGAUUAUAGCACUUUUACACAUAUCGCACCAUGGAAGCGUUAUCAUGCAAAGGAGAGGAGUGACACUGAAUACUGUUCAUUGUGUGACCAUAACUCUGCUUUCCACAUACCAAUUCUUUGUGUGCGUCUUUGUGUAAUUCCAACAACGCCUGCCGUGGUCGAGUAGUGAAUAGGAUGACUCCAAAAGCCAAACUGAACAGCCCUGUGCAAAGUCUAUUUAGAAUUGCCUUAGUUCAGCUAUCCUUUCAUUAAAUUUAUACAAAGCUGUUCAUAUAACUAAAGGCCAUAUUUAUGAUUGAUGGCUGGGAAAAAAAAAAGGAAAAAAACAAAGACACACAAGUAAAAAUGUCGACUGGACGUAAUUCUUCAAAUCGACUUUAUUUUCAUGGGAAUCAUCAGAUGCUCCUUCUCCACAUCUGCAACUUGUAGACAGUAGUACAGUGCCAUAAAUUGGAUCUAUAAUCAGUGAAGCAAACAGCUUAUUUUCAGACACUGAGGUUAUUGUUUCUGAGCCUACAAUUUCUAGAUAAAAUAUUCAUGUCAUGAUGAUACAUUUUACUUUCAUAUUUUUAACAUUUGUGAAUAGCACUUAUUUGACAGGGUUUUUUAACUCCUUUGCAUGAGAUGUGUUCAUAAAAUCAACAUAGCUGAGAUGUCAAAAAAAAUUAUGAUUUCACUAUAUUUGUCCAAAAGGGAUGCUAUAUGUAUUAUAAAUAAAACAUACUUUUGUGAACCUGAAAUGAAUGUAAACAUUAAGUGGAUCAAAUGAAGUAAAAGUUGUAUUUAGUCUUUUAUUUUCACAUAGUACAACAAUUUAGGAUUUCAAAUGUAAGUAUCAUAGGGAAAAACCUGUUAUUCAUUUUUCCUUCUGCCCUUCAAGAGUAUUUGAUCAAGUUCCAUGUGCAGUUAGACAGUAAAUUAUUGUAAGUCUACUAUUAAUCAGGGCAGUAUUUGUGGCUGUUGUUAAAAAAAAAAAAAGUAUAUUUUUGUCUGUGUCAGAAAUGUUAUAUUAAGAUUAUACCUAACAAAACAAAUAGGAAACAUAAUAUAGAUAUAUAUGGUUUAACUUCAUUUGUAUUGUAUUCAAUAGU